UCCUGUCCCGCGGGGGUCCAUGGGUGCCAGGCGCUAUAGAACUUUCAUCUGUGGGAGCCGCGAAAGAAGGAAGAUGAUGAUGAACGCUACCUUCCCCUCCCCCACCCAAGUUUAGCCAUUCAUUUCCGGUUUGGACUUUCAUGGCUGAGAACAGAGCCAAGCACAGGGCAAGGUUUGACAGAGGCCAAGGACAUCCCAGGACACCGUUCCCCUCUCGCCCCUUCAGAGGAACAAGACAGGGAACCAGAUGUACCCAUUUCUCUCAGGGGUAGCAAGAUUUGGGGGCUCCGUGUUGAGCGGAAACUCAGAGAAGAUAAGGUGGCUUUCGCCACUGUUCCCCAGCCUGCCUUCCUCUCUGGCUGUUCUUUCAGCUAAUUAACAAGCUCUGGGGCUUCUUUAACCUCUGGAGAACUGGGGCCUGUUGCCUGGGCCUGGGCCUUAACUCCUUCACCUCUGCCCGUGGGCAGUACUUUGGGCACAUGGACUUCAUGCAAACUGCACCACUGGGGGAGACAUCCUGGGAGCCAUGGGCAUCCCUGGAAGGGCAGGCCAGCCAGAGGGACACCCUCUAGAGAAUCUUCCCACCUCCCGCUGCCAAAGAGAGCCUCUGCAGACCUUGGCCAGCCUGGAGCAGGUGCCUUUAAAUGCUUCCGUGGCAACCAACUCUUCCCCAACUCCCAGACCUUACCAAGAGGCACUGGUUACUCCAGCAAAGAGAAGAUUGCAGAUAGACCCCAGGGCCACCUGGGAUGGAUCUGGGGUCUGGAAGUAGUGAGCAUGAGGACGAUGUCACCUUCCAGCUGUGGCUGCAGCUGUUCCUCUGUGCCCACCUGGCUGUCCGUUUCCUGGGUUACCUGCGCUACACUUUCUGGGGACUAAAGCCCCAGUCAGCACCCUGAAUCCUGGCUGAGAACUGAUGGGCCCCAGAUUGCCCCAUGUUCCCUAACCCCCAUGCCACACUCUGCUGGGAGA